AGGGAAGAAUGGAUGAAAAGGCACAGGAAAUAAGCAGCAUAAAUGGAGACAAUUAUAUAUGCCAAAAUGACUGGCUGCUGAACCAAGGGAAGUGUUACAAGUUUUCAGCUUCUUCUAAAACUUGGAAUGAGAGUCAACAUGAUUGCACAAAGCUCCAGGCACAUUUGCCGGUGAUUCACACUUUGAAAGAGCUGGAAUUCAUACAGAAAAGUUUACAACCUGGUCAGCCUAUUUGGGUUGGACUAUACAUUAUGCCCCCAGGAAAGCAAUGGGCGUGGAUAAAUGAACACCCUUUUGUGGAACAAAAAACUUUUUGAUAAUUGGAUCAACUGAUAGCAUGAGCUGCGCUGUCACAACAGGAAAUUGAAUGAGUUCUGAAGACUGUGACUCCACAUUUUAUGACAUUUGCCAGAUGUUGUCUGAACAAUAACAGAAAAUCCAGGCAGUUAAAUAAGAAAGUGGAAGAAAUGUGUAUGUAUGGAUGUUAACAUCGACUAUUCAUUUUUUAGAGGAAUAUAAAUUCAUAUUUUUAAUUCAAAUAUAAAAUUUUCUAAUAUUUUA